GUGCAGGACGACGGCCACGACAGCGCCUCGCAGUGCACCCGCGGUUGCCGUCUCUGGGUGACGUCGCUGAACUCAUCGUGCUCCUCAGUCUGCGCUGACGUCUUCACCUGCGUCCUCGGCUGCUCCUACGCCGCCGUCAGCUACGUCAGCACGCGUCGUGAGCUAUUAGGAACUCCUCCGGCACCGACGCUGGUCGGUGGGUCACUGAGCAGCUCGUCGGUUGGGUUGCGUUGGCUGAUGGACCUUCCAGCCAACAGUUCAGCCAGCGCACCAGCCAUCAAGUCAGCCAGCUCACCAGCCAUCGGAUCAGCCAGUUGGUUGCCAGUGAGCUUCGUGCCGCAGCUGAGAGUGUAUGGUCGUCACUGGCGCUCGCACAACAACACGCGCAUCGUCAGUGCCACUGAAGUCGUACUGGAGGACCUCUUACCCUACACCAAAUACCAGUUCCGUGUAGUGUGGGCGCUGCUGCCCGGGAGGGAGGGUGUGCCCUCGGCGCCCACCUCCUGGAUCACGACGCUGUCGUCCGGCCCACCCCGCACACCCCCCACGGCGCUGACGGCGGUGGGCGUGGACGCCACGCGGGUUGAGGUGCGGUGGGCGGCACCCGAGGUUGCGGGUGGGGCGCUUGUUUCGUACGCCUUGUCCCUGCGUGGUGGGGCAACCCACCUCAAGUGGGACGUCGAACCCACCGUCAACAGAUACGUGGUGACUGGGCUGCACGGCAACAGCUCCUACGAGGUGCGGGUGGCAGCUGUCAACAAGGACGGCCGCGGCCCCGCUGCAGUUGCCACUGUCACCACUUAUGCCGAUGUUGACGACCAGCUAAGCGGCGGUGGCGGUGGCGGUGGCGGCGGUGGGUACCUCCUGCUGGCGUCGGGCUACAGCCUCUGGCGCCUCAACGUGGACAUCAUGCAACCCCCCACCCCCCUGUACAACACCUCCCACCGCUCCCCCAUAACGGGCUUGGCCCUCCAUAUGCGCCUAGGACUCCUCUACGUGACGGCCGGAGGGCGGUUGCUGCUGCUGCACCCCGCCACCCACCGGCGGGAGGUGAUCGAGUUGGGGGCCCUUAUGGGUGGUGUGGCGACCACACUCACCCUGGACUGGCUCAACGGGUUCCUUUAUAUCCUGGAGGACACCCAGGCUCCCCCGCUGAAACCUAAUUCACUUGACCCUGAGAAGGACCUCGGUCAUUUACCAGUCCCCGCGGUUGAGGCUUCUCCUGUCCAUAACUCGAGUUUAGACCCCAUCCCAGACCCCACAGACGAUGGUUCAAAAAGUCCUAAUAAAACCAACCCCAAUUUAGACCCCGAAUAUUAUGGGGGUGGGGAAGAAAAUCUGCUCCCCGUCGAGGAAUAUGAUGAAGGGGAGGAGAGGUCCCUGGGGAUUCACCCUCCCCGGGCGACGUGGAACAUCUGGCGGACAGACCUCACGGGGAAGAACUUAGAACUCGUGACCCCCAACCUGGACCACCGCCCCCUGCACCUGCAGGUCGACCCCCACAACGGAUCAGUGGUGGGGGCGGCGCGCCCCAACACCCAGCGGGCGGCGUUCAGCCGCGCCGUGGACGCCGUCCUGCUGGGGGGACGCCUUUACUGGACGGCGGUGGGCGGCGAGGUGUUCAGCGAGGAGCUCAACGGGGGCACCUACUACCAUAAUAGCUACGCCCUGCUGGGGGAGCACCCAGGCCCCAUGGUGGCGGUGGGGGCGGCCACCCAGCAGGAGCCCGCCCCCUUCACCGCCCCCCGCCACCUCAACGUCCUCGUCACCACCACCACCGCCGCCGCCUCGUGGGCGCCGCCCCCCGCCUCCCCGCCGCCCUUUAGAGGUCAGCGCCCAACAUUAUCCUUAAGAUCCAUAUCCUGA